AUGGAACUCGACGAAGCCCCCGCUCCUACCUCGCGCCUUGAUCAUCUCGCCGAACUCGCUACCUCCCCUACUCAUGCAAACGUCCACCCCCCUGCCUCAUCCUCUUCUUCAUCUUCUUCGUCAACGUCGUCCUCUUCCCGCCCUGGUCAACAAUACACUCACCACCCUCACUCACAACAACACGACGAGUCUUCAACACACAACCGCACUGGUAGCCAGAGCAAGAGCCACAGCCAUAGCAGCAGCCACAGCCAGAGUCGCCCACACAUGAUCCAGCAGCAGCUCGAGGCCGAGUCUGGCCCUAGCGGCUGGAGCCGAUCGCCCAUCACCCCUACGACGACACGCAAGUUCAAUCGGAUGGCGAUUCACGAGGUCCUUGAUGGCCAAAACUCACCCUCGUUCAAGCGCAAGGGAUCCCCCGAGGAGGGCUCCUUCUCUGACCCCCCUACCGCUUCCACUCGCCUCAACUCCCGCGUUUCAUCCUCACGAGCCUACGGACACCCAUCAGACUCAAACCACUCCCAUCCCCCUCACCACCCGCACCACGCCCACUUUGCUCCCUCUUCUUCUUCUUCCCACCAGCCCAACUCACCCCGCUUCCGUCAAGAAUCCCCCAUGCCCGCCUCAAACUCGGACGACGACGAAGACAGUGACAUCAGAAACUACAAGAAACGUCGCAUGCUCUCCUCCACUAGCCAUCAUCAUCAACAGAACAACCAGCACUCCAACAGCAACAGCAACAACAGCAACAGCCACCCUCACCCUCACCAUCACCACAAGAGCUCGCCCUCUUCCUCUUCCCCCAGCGGAGGCGGACUCGCAACCGCGCCAGGACAAUCAUCAACAGGAGGAGCAGGUGCACAGGCAGAGGUCAUGGACCAAGUCCGUAACACCCUCAAGCUGAAACAGCAACAAAAGGCAAUCAUCGAGGCAAGGCAAGGAGGUGCCCUCUCAGCGUCCACGCCAACAACUGCCUCAUCCCCUCCCAGCAAUGGAAACAGCGGCAACAGCAAACCCAAGGAAGGAACCACCAGCCAGCCUGUCACGGAAAAGAAUCCCAGCGGUAUCUCUGUCUUCCAUGGAAGCGCUUCCUUUGCUGCGUUGAACCGCCGCCCAUUGACCUCGCCCAAGAACCCCAAGAACGCAAAGUCGUUGACUAUCUUUGCACCUUCCUAUUCCGAAUCGUCGCUCUCGAUCCGGUCGGCACCCCUCCAACCCUCGCACGGACACAACAUCAUGAGCAUUAACCCCCGGACGUCUCAGCCCCUCCGUCACCAGACGCCUCACCACCACCAGCCCCAUCCUUUCUCACAACACCAACAUCAGGCAACUCCGACGCAGUCAACACAUGGAUCGAUCCCUCAACCUCUUCGAUCGCCCAAGACUGCAGGACAUGUUCGCAAGUCGUCUCGGGCCACCCUUCGUGCCGGUCUUCACACUGCCGGACUUGACAGCAGCUCUGGAACAUUGCCCGCACCAAUCUUGUCAUCCCACACUGGACCACUCCCCUCGCCCAUGUACCCUCACCCCAACACUCCCUUCCACCCCAGCAGCCACGCCAGCCUCGCCGCCGCCGCCGCCGCUGCCUCUACCAAUGCUGCUGCUGCUUCAGGCACAAUGUCAAAACACCACUUCAUCGAGACCGUCUCGAACCUGUUUGAUUCCGUCGACUCGAGCCGGUCGUUGAAGCACACCCUCGAGGAGCAGAUCCGCAAAUCUGCACAGCUCCUUCAGACCCUGCAAUCGAGCGGGACCAUGAUCGAGAGCCUUGUCCGCGGCCAGUUCAAGGAGCUGGAGAAGGGUGUUCUUGAGAAAUUUGAGAGCGAACUCGACCAUCUUUCGGCUCGUGUCCGUCAAUUGGAGGAACACCAAGGCUUGACUCCUCCCCCCAAGAAGGCUCGCAUUUCUCCUCCCACCCCAACCGCUACUGUCACUGUCAGCUCGCAGAACGCCAUGACAGGUGUUGUCUCGACCUCCAACUCUACUUCGACCUUGUCGUCUUCUUCUUCGUCCCCCAAGGCUGGAUCGACCUCCUCAAUGUCAUCAUCACCCUUGCACAACCACCACAACGGAUCGGGAUCUUCGAUGAAGGACGGUAUGCUCCCCACACCACCCCUGAACAAGACCCAGGAUUCUGCCAUGGAGGUCGAGGAUGAGGAGGAGCUGCCCACUGCACCACCAUCGUCCGAGUCGGCCACUACUUCGACCACCCCUCCACCUCAACAGCAGGACCAGCCUGGCUCCUCGUCCGAGUACAGGUCUUCGGUCAAGAAGCUGCAGGAGCGCGUUGCUAGCCUCGAGAAGCGUCAGGAGCCCGCCCCCGCCUCUGCCACCGCCACUGUCCAGGCUUAA